UCUCUCUUAUUCUUGAUUCCAUGUGGGCAAUAAAAGACAGACAAGCAACAAUAAAAAUGGUGUCUUGGGUGCGUCUUAAGUAAGCCCAUUACAAAUCUGAGAUCGAAAUCAUAGAAUCAAAUAUGGGUCUUAUUAAGGGUGAACUUGUGAGAAAUGUCUUCUUCUCCAAGAACAAAUCCAUUAAUAGAAUUAAUCAUGAUCAAGCUCAAGAAAGAAAAAAAUGGAGUAAGAUGAGAUCUUAUCUCUGUGGAGACGAAUUCAAUUCUGUCCUCGCUGAACAUGAUUCAGACUCAUUUAGAAGCUUCUCCGCCGUCAUUUCUUCCCAACCACCUCAUCAGAAUUCCAGUGAAGAUCAUGGAGAAGAAGAAGAAGAAUCAGCCAUGAUCAUGAAAUCUACAACUGAAAACUCUGAAUUCAGUAUCACCCAACAACCCAUUUCAGUUGUUGAAAAACAGAGAUCAACCGCCGAUCUAUUCCGUGAAGAAGACGCUGCAAUUACAAUCCAAUCAGCUUUCAGAAACUUUCAGGCGAGGCAUAGAAGCAAAGAGAUGAUUGAAACAGAGGAAUCCAUAGGAACAUCACUAGAAGUUCAAACUGGAAACUCAAUUGUUCAAGAAAAACUAACCAAGAAAUUACAGCAGAAAGCUAGAACUGGUUCAUCUUCAUUAAAGCUAAAAGAGGAUUGGGAUGAUAGCACAGUUAGCAGCAACAUAUCAAAAAUGAGGAUUCAAAACAGAGUUGAAGCAAUGACAAGACGUGAGAGAGCUUUAGCAUAUGCAUUCUCACAGCAGCUAAGAAUAUGUUCAAAGAAGAAAGAAGCAGAAACCUCAACAGACAUGGCAUGGAGCUGGUUGGAGCGGUGGAUGGCUACAAGACUUCCAGAAAAUAAUAAUAAUAAUUCAACUGUUGAAAGCCAUAACGGUAACAAAGAUCAAUCAUUUAUCAUGAAGAAGAGACUCCUUGAUAUAGGAGUUGAAGAAAAGGAAAGCUGUGGAUCUAAUGAGGUUUCAUCUACUCUUCAAAUUGAAAGUAUUAUUACCAAGAACAGAGUAAAACAGACAAGAACAGUGUCAAGGAAGAAGGUAAACAAGAAAGAGGAUUGAUGAAGAAAGAAGGAAUGAUUGAAUGGAGAAGAUGAUCAAGUGUUGUGUUAGUAUAAUUACUUCUUCUAGGUGUGUGUGUGUAUAUGAUCAUAUGACUAAAAAAGUCAAAUAAAAGAUUAGUAGUUUGAAUAAGUGUUGUUUGAUUAUGAUUGGGAAAGAUGGUUCUCACUAUUUAGGCAUGUCUUAUGUUUGUAUAUUGUACUUAUUUUCAAACAUGUUUGUUCAUGUUUGAGGACUACUAAUAUUAUUUAUGAAAAAACUAGGCUAUAUGUUUAUCUUAUA